GUGUAAAUUAAAAACCCCCCAAAUAAAUUAGGGCGGCAAUAAAUAAAACCCAGGCCAGUAUAAAACCUCGCCACAGAACACAAACUGUCGCCUUUACGAUUCUCUUUCAUCAAAAUUCAAUGGCUUUCUGGGGAGUUGAAGUGAAGCCAGGAAAGCCUUUCACUCUCAAGUCUUCUACCACUAACGAUGCCAAAAGACUCCACCUCUCCCAGGCGACACUGGGGCUUACCAGUACGGGAACUAACAGAAGCAUUCUCCAGUGUAACGUCGGGAACAAAAGCCCACUCUUCUUAUGCGUCCUGUUUCCUGAAAAAGUCGAUUCUUGCCAGCUCAACAUCGAGUUUCAAGAAUCCGAGGAUGUUAUCUUCUCUGUCAUCGGUCCUAGGAGUGUUCACCUCACCGGCUACUUCCUCGGAAGGACUAGCGCCGCCGGUUUGAGCCUAAAUGAUGACGAGUCGGAGUCGUUUGGAGAAGACAUUGUUGACACAGACGUGGAGAAAGGUAGCAGUGAUGAUUAUGACUACAGUGAUAGUUUCAUUAAUGAUGAUGAUGAUCGUCCAUCUUCUACCGACGAUGAUGAGUUGACUGUUAAGGAGAGGGUAGCUAAAACAAAGGCAAAGAAGAGAAGUAAAAGACUAAGGAAGAAGUUUCAAGUCUCUGAUUCAGAUUCUGAUGCCAAAGAGGAGGACUCUGUAGAAAUACUUGACAGCGAUGAUGACCACAAGACCCCGAAGGUCCUUUCUUCAGAGGUUCCUUUGCCUUCAAGGGUCACGAGGUCAAAGGCUAGAAGUUCGACUUUGGAAAAUGGUGAGAAGACAUCAGAAGCAACAACAACUCAUACACACAAGUCCAAGGAUAAAAAGGAGGAUAAACCAUCUGGUGACGUUGAUGAACUUUCGAAGAAGAAGAAGAAGAAGAAGGAGAAGAAAAGAAACAAGGAACCAGUUGUUAUUAACACAGACGAAGAAGAGGAGAAAGAUAUUCCUGAAACUCUGAAGAAGCCAGAGACUGACAAAGCAAUAGAAUCAUCAACUGAUGUAACUCUAUCAAAGAAAAAGAGGAAAAAAGAGAGGAGAGAAGAGACUAGAGAGAGGAAGAAACAAGCUACCGAAAAGAACAUGGAGAAAGAAGCUAGUACUAAGAAAUUACCAGAAUCAAAGCUUUCUCCAAAUGAGGUGACAGUUGAAGAGAUUGAAAAAGGGAAGUCAGAUGGUAAAGUAGCUGUUCAAGGGAAAAAGGUGAGCAUACUCUUUACUGGGAAGUUAAAAGACACUGGGAAAGUGUUUGAAUCAAACUUGGAAGAAUCUCCAUUAAGAUUUCGCUUAGGUGGAGAAGAGGUCAUAAAAGGUCUCAGCAAUGGUGUUGAAGGGAUGCGAGUUGGUGAUAAGAGAAGACUCAUAAUUCCACCAUCUCUUGGAUACUCUAAGGAAGGAUUGAAGAAGAAAGAUGUGCCUAAGAAUUCGUGGCUUGUCUAUGAAGUAGAGGCGGUUAAAGUGAGAUGAUGCCACUGGCUCGCAACCUUUGAAAACAAGCUUUAAGCUUCUGUUUUUUUUUGUCAAUCUAUUUGUCUCCUAUUGCCUCCAAUUUUUAUUCGUUUUCAGGAGGGGAUUUGUUAGCUUUUCGUAAAACUCGGUCACAUAUCGUUAUAUAAUUGACUUUGUCA